GGUGACGCACCUUUAGCGUUGGGCGCUACCUGUCUUGAAACUAGAAGAAGAAGAAGACCGUUAGCAACAGAAAGCAGUUCUCGUGAGCUGCAGGAUCGUGAUCAUGGCGUCUGCUGUCGGACUAAUUCUUUUAACGGUGGUUUCUGUGUGUGGAGAAGCUGCAGCCGAGAAGAAACUAGUUUAUGUGACUGUGCUGUUCCGCCAUGGUGACCGUUCACCAGUCAAAGCCUUUCCCACAGACCCGCACCAAGAAAGCGACUGGCCACAAGGCUUUGGACAGUUAUCGCAAAUUGGGAUGAGGCAGCACUUUGAGCUCGGCCAGUUCCUGAGGAAUCGAUACAAGGGAUUCCUCAAUGAAUCCUACAACAGACAUGAGAUCUCAGUUCGCAGUACAGACUACGAUCGCACGCUGAUGAGUGCUGAGGCCAACCUGGCGGGUCUCUACCCCCCCAGUGGUCAGCAGGUCUUUAACCCCAACCUGAAGUGGCAGCCGAUUCCUGUCCACACUGUGCCUCAGAGUGAAGAGAGGCUUCUCUCAUUUCCUCUGGGAGACUGCCCUCGCUACAAACAGCUGAUGAAUGAGACUGAACACAGUGAGGAAUUCAUUAAUGUCACCAAUAAAUACCAAGACAUCCUGGAGCUGGUGAAGAAUAAAACAGGACUGACUGAAGUCCAUGUGGAAACAGUCUGGAGUGUGUAUGACACACUCUUCUGGAUGCUGUUGGGUGAAAUAGUGAAGAAUCUUUCCAAGAUGGCCGUCCCAGAUCCAACGCAGCAACUCAAAAUGAUGAUGCUGUCAGCGCAUGACACCACUGUCAUUGCUCUUCAGAGCAGCAUGGACAUAUUCAGUGGUCGACAGCCACCAUAUGCCUCCUGUCAUAUAUUUGAGCUGUACAGGGAUGACAAUGGCUCUGUUUCAGUGUCCAUGUUUUACCGGAACGACAGCACAGUGGAUCCGUACCGGCUGCAGUUACCGGGCUGCUCCCUUGACUGCCCCCUGGACGACUUUGUGAGAAUUACAAAGCCCUCUAUCUCAGAUGACAGGGACAAGGAGUGUAAGGAGCCUUCCAAAGAGACUGGUACAGAGGUGAUCAUCAGCCUGGUGGUGUCCAGCUGUCUGCUCCUCUUCCUCAUCAUCCUCAUCCUUGGGAUCAUUUGCUGCCAGAAAUCACCCAUGAGCACACAGGGAUACCACCAUGUGAUCAACCAGGAGGCUGGAGAGGAAUCCUGACAGAAGCACAAACUCCUUCCUCGGAGAUCUCCAAGCCACCUAUCGUGGGACAAUAGUGAUGAAGAUGAACUCUAAAACUACUGAGUGACCUUUUCUGAUGGUGCCAUCAACUCUGGUUUUGGACCCACAAUGGUUAUUUUUUUGAAACAUGAAUGUUUUGUGCAGAAAUUUAGAUUUUAGACAUGAUUUUAAAAACUAUUUUCGAAUGACUGAGAAAGUGCUGGAGGGACCAAGGAAACAGGGGAAACUGUCUUUUGUUGUUUACAGUUACCACUGUGUUCCCAUUGUGGUCUGAUCUCCAUCCUGUUCAAGAUCUCAGCUAGGGAUGUCACGAUUAACCGAUGUUAAGAUAACAGCACGUCACGAUUUUUAUGGUGUCCAACCUCUCCCGUUUUGUGUGCGCGAGCCACUAAAACAUUAGUUGAGAAGAGGGAACUGACUUAACGGCCUAAUUUCCACCAGCGCUGGAAAAAAUUCCAUUGGAGGAGUUCACAGUGAGAGGAGAAAUCCUUGUUUCUCGCACACACACACACAAACACCCUCUCUCGCUCUCUCUCUCUUUCUCUUCCUAUUAACCAUUUCCAAUGUAGCCAAUUUCCGUCGGUGACCCUCCACAAUAAAAGUCCCAGACACAUGAAGACAGGAGACAAAAAUUCACUGACCAACCUUCCAUAAUAAGGCAACUAAAUAAAAUAGCUUACAUGAAUUACUUUUAAAAAGCCAAAAGUUACACAAUAAAAACUAAUUGGAUGUUGUCAUAACAAUAAAUAUUUUAGUUCAUUAGUAUAUUAUUUGCUAUAUAUUGUUUGUUGUGUGGCUUUUUCCUUCUAUAUAUAGUAUAAAUAAUCGUGAAACUGUGAUAUUUCCUCUGACAAAAUUUCAUAUCGUGACAUCUGUAAUCGCAACAGCUUUUCUGUGACUUUAUCACCAACCUCUGGUUAACAUCUGCUUUGGCAGUGUAAGUCUUUCCGGCUGAAGACUCCGGUCAUGCUCAGUUGGAGCAGUGAUCGGUUAGUGAUAAACAGGUAUGCUGACCAAACAUUUCAUUCUGCCGUGUUUGUUACUUUCCUACGACGGCAUCAGACGCAGGUAUCAGUAUCAGCUUCAUUACUGAGCUUUCUGUGUGGACCUUUUACAUUCACAAAAACACUCGAGAGGAAAGAGAAAAACUGAAUAAUGUGGUAUUGGCAUUGCUAAGUCUUGGAAAAAGGAUUUAGAAUAUAGUUUUUUUGCAUCAGCUUAUCUGAUUUCCUUUAAAAAAUGUAGCUGAAAAGACAAACUUGUUUAAUUUAACUGAAUAAGUUAAAGACGUUGAACUCUGCGUCUAAGUCUGGAGUGUUUACAGGGCUGAAUGUCCCUGCUGGUUUUUGAAGGUACGUGUACACAGACAUAUUGUGAUGGCCUGUGUGUUGCAGUUUGUGUACAGUGUGUGUUUUAACUCUGAGGUCUUAUGACCAAGAUGCCUUAAAUAGUAACACACUGCUGUAACACUAGGUUUUUAAUUUGAAAGUUGUCCGAUAUGUUUGAUUUAAUCACAGGAGCAGUAACAGUUCAUCAUUUAGAAACUCAUUCUUAGCUCAAACCUCGGGGCAGAAGAUCUUAUUAACUGACAUUUGGCCCAGUGGUGGUAGUAUACCCAGCAAAAAUAGAUCAACAAAAAUAAAGUCAGUGAUCAUUUCAAUCAAUGUCUUACAAACAUGUUCAGAUAUAAUUCAGCUUUAUUCAGAAUUUCAGAGUAAAUAUUGGGAAACUCAAAUGUGUGGGAUUUUUUAAUAUCUGCCUUUAAAAAAAAUAAAAGGCGGCUUUGAAUUAUAUGAAAACUAAAAACCCUUCCUAUAAAUGCAGAACAAAUUGAAUGCUUUUCUUUAAUUGUGCUUUCUUUCCAUCAGCUCAUGAAAGUUUUCGACAACCAUGUUUUUCUUUUGUUAACAUUGUUUGUUUUGUGUUUUCUAUGUCUGGAUUUUCAUCAAAUAUGAGGAAAUUCAUAUCACUUGUUUGAUUUUGACUUUGAAAAUGUGCUGCUUGUAAAAGUUUCAUCGGAGACAUAAAUAAACGAUCAUCGCAGGUUG